GUAAUAAUUUAAAUCAAGCUUACAUACACAAUAUUUCGGAACUAUUUUACAUUUAACGCUUAUCAGUCUCCACAUGUUCAGAGAAUCGCAUGGACUGAAGAUUUCUGCUUAUUAACCAUGGCAACAUCAAUACACGAGACAGUCCUCAUAGGAAUAUGUGAUGGAGUUAUUGACCAGAAGAAAAACACAUCUUAUUGCACGAACAAAACUGGAGAUAGGCCGGACCUGCUUCCAGUAAUCACUCUCCAGUACCCCACAUGUGCUCUGUGUCAGAGAGGCCUGUCCCAAGUGGUGCAGAUCUACUGCCCUCUUGCGGCGUCUCGUUACCACAGAACCAUCAAUGUAUUCGCCUGCACCAACCCACAGUGCUAUGGCAAAUCAGAGAGCUGGAUUGUCCUGCGCUCGCAGUGCUUGGAUGAUGGCAUCAAAUCAAGACAAAACAACAACACCACAGCAUGUACAGAAUCUGCAAUGUCCAGAACAGACUGGUGUGAUGAAGCUGAUGACUGGGGGAUGGACGAUGAAGAGCAAGUGGCAGAAAGCAGCGUACAAAUGCCAAAUGACAGUACAGGUGAAGGAAAUUAUGUCAGCAGCAGGCUUCAGGACCUGUGCAUUGAUGGAGAUCAUCAAAGUGCCCUCCAACCCACCGAUGUGCCUGUUUUCCAGCCGUUCUACAUAAGCGUUAUGGAGGAAACAGACUUGGAUGGAUUUCAUGAUACGGAUCAUGAAAACGAACUGCUUAGAGCGUAUGAGGAGAGGGAGGGAGUGAUUGUCAGGGAGAUUCAGAGUUGUGAAAGUGGGGAAGCUCAGGAGCAAUAUGAGAAGGCCACGGCCAAACAUGGAGAUGAAGUGUUCACCAGUUUCAUGAAGAAAAUCUCUUUUUGUCCUGAACAAGUGUUACGAUACAGUUGGGCUGGAUCACCUCUAUUUAUAACAGAGCCUCCUUCCAGUGUUAGUCAGACGGUGCCGUGCUGCGCUCACUGCGGCAGCCCGAGAGUUUUCGAAUUUCAGCUCAUGCCAGCAUUGGUCAGUUUGCUCAGUAGUGCGGACACAAAUUCAGACAUUUCGCUGGAGUUCGGAACAGUUCUUGUGUACACUUGCAGAAACAGCUGUUGGGAAUCUGGAUCAACAGUUCCAGUGGAAGAAUUUCUUGUUGUCCAGCCCGACCCAGACCAAAAGCUCUUCAAAUGAUAUAAUUUAUCAACAAUAAAGAACAU